AAAAAGUCAGCAAGGCCUUUUGUUCUCAUCCUGCCAGUCAGUGCCAUUGACGGCCACUAGAGGUCCACCUUGAGCAUAAAGCGUCUCAUCUGCAACAUCACCUCCGCUCUCCAAACAACAACAGAAGCAGCAGAUUAAAGGGGUAAAGGCGUCAAAAAGGACGUUGACGUUGCGGCGUUUCCAACUCCAUCUCCACCACCAGGCACCGGCGCAGUCCAGCCCACUGCGGCCGAGGAGAGCUACUUCCGUUCCGCAGAGGGCGACCAGGCAGCAGCCAGCCAGCCAGCCAGCCGGCGGAGGUCCAGACACAAAAGACUGGGUCCCGGUUCUUCUUCAAUCCAAACCGGAAUGUCGGAUGAGGAUUCUCGUGCCAGCACCAGCUCUUCGUCGUCUCCGCCGUCGUCCAGCCAGAGCAGACAGAGGGACACAUCUUGCAAGAAGAAGCGUGAGAGUAAAGCCAGCAUGAGCAAGACCUCCAAGCUGCUUUCCACCAGCGCCAAGAGGAUUCAGAAAGAGCUGGCUGACAUCACACUGGACCCGCCACCAAACUGCAGUGCCGGCCCCAAAGGAGACAACAUCUAUGAGUGGAGGUCCACCAUCUUGGGACCGCCGGGCUCCGUGUACGAGGGGGGCGUCUUCUUCCUGGACAUCGCAUUCACACCCGACUACCCCUUCAAACCCCCCAAGGUGACUUUCCGCACUCGCAUCUACCACUGCAACAUCAACAGCCAGGGUGUAAUCUGUCUGGACAUCCUGAAGGACAACUGGAGCCCCGCCCUCACCAUCUCCAAGGUGCUGCUGUCCAUCUGCUCCCUGCUCACAGACUGUAACCCAGUGAUUCUUCUGCAUAUUACUACUGGGAGCCUGUGCAGGUGUGACUCUUGAGGAGGAAGACAUGACAACGGCUUUCACCGCAUGCAGCGCCACACGUGCAUCUGUAGGACAAGAUGGAACAAAGCUUCAACCACCCAUCCAUUGUCCGAACCGCUUAUCCUCACUCGGGUCGCUGGCAUGCAGGAGCCUAUCCCAGCUAUCUUCGGGCGAGAGGCGGGACACACCCUGAAAUGGUUGCCAGCCAAUCGCAGGGCACCACAACGGUGUUUUCAUUCUUACUGCACGGGUGGGCGUCUCUUGAAUUUACUUAACUUGAACAUGGACAUCAGCCAGUUAGUUGUAUGUGAUGAAAAUGUGUUUUAACAUAUUCAAUUUUGAGGAGAGAAGAGAACAUCACAGUUGACCAAAUUUGAAUCAUGCUACUGAAAAUUAAGAAGGAAAAAAAAGUUAUGUGAACCAUUGUGUAAUGAUACAGCAGGAACUGUUUAACAGUAUGUCUCGGUUGACUGACUUAUGCACCGAACAAGCUAACGUUGCUUUGCUAAUGCUCGUUAACAAACUUGCAAACAUGACAAAAGUAAAUAAUAAAAGUCCUGUGGCCUGGUUUUUUUUUUUUCAAUUUUGUAUUUGUGAUCUGAGUGUAAAAGUGACUUAUUGCUUUGAACAAAACAAACUGGUUACAUGAGUCACUUUUUCCAUUUUCGAUUGCUAAUUAAAAGUAAGAAUGAAUGAUACACGGGUUUGAGUACACACGUCCCCUUUUGUCUUUUGCACCUGUUAAUCGUCUCGUAAAUGGUCCGCCUCCUUGUGUGAGCAAAUAAAAUGCCAAACGUGAUAAUAAUUGGCCAUGAUCACCAGUUAUAAAUGUUCAUUAUUAGCAUGUAGAUUAAUGCUUUGUUCCUGCUGUGUCUUGUCACUAGAAUUACAUUAAUAGCAACUUGAUUUUUUUUAUGGUGCCUUUCAAGGGACCUAAGGAUACCUAAAGUGCUAAUUAUUGGUUUUGCAUUCAUUUGCAAUUUAUUGUCCUUGUACUUUAUGCAUAUGGAAAACUACAAGCAUAAUAAUUAACAUUGUUAAAUGAAUACCUCUGACGUUGUCAAUCAAAAGUAGAUAGCUGGUAUUUUUAUAUAUAUACACACACAGGUGUGCUCAAAAAUAUUGUCUCCCCAGGGACUAUAAAAAGACACAUUAUGCUUUUUUUUUUUUUGGUUUGUUUUGACUGUCUGACAUGAAAUUACACUACUUUUUUCCUCUUUUAUGUCAAUUAUGAUGACCAAAAUUAUUUCUAUUUUUCUAAAUGCCAGAAUAGUGAGAGAUGGAACUUUGUAUGGGACUAAUAUUAACCAUUCUUCACAGAGGAUCAAGAAUAUAUGAGAGUAAUGUUAUGUCUGUCUACUUGUAUUGCUGCAUCGUUUACGUUCAAUUGACUGCUUGAAGGGUUAUAGUACCGCGCGACAUAGCUGCUAUUGUCAGCCCGUCAAUGGAGUUUCCCAUUAUGUGUCAGCAAUAAGCUAGCAAGGUCAUUCCAAAGACAAAGUUGUUUCAAAUACACGUUUGAAUAGGCACUAAUGAAUAUUUCCAAAAGUGUGUUUUAAUAAGUUCAAGCAUGUUUUCCAGGUUGGUGUGGAAGCUCCGCGAUAAACCGGGGUUCACGGUACUGAUUGCCGUUUUGAUGUUGACUGAAUGUGUCCUAGUGCCAGUGUACAGUAUUCCAUGCAGCGCUGGUGUCACGUGCGCACGCUGUGUGUGUCUCAGCUGUUGUGUGAACACAAUGUUCUUAAACGCUUGCAGGAAACACUCACUGGAAAUCUCCGUGGGGCGUGGGGGGGGAAUUCCUCACUAACCACUUUUGUGUUUAAAUAUAGUUUGUGUGUGUGUGGUUGUGUCAGCAGUUGUUGUUUUUUUAAGUACAAAACAUUAAGCAAGGACACAUACCAGGCUUGUGAAAAAAAUGGAGAUAGAUGCUUUUAAAAAUGUAAUUUCUUUUCUAGAUUUAGAUUGUUUUAAAAUACAUUUUGGCGAUAGAGGAUUUUAACUGUUGAAAUAUUUUUUUCUUUUUUAAAGGAAUGUGGGGGAAAAAAUGAAUGGGUGUUGUUUCUAAAAAUAUACAGUAUAUCAUUUUUUUUAUUAUUAUUAUUAAUUAUGCUUUUGAAAUUCCCCCACCCCACAAUAAAUUGUUGAAAAAAGGGGUGUUGUUUAUGAAUUUACUUUUACAAAUUUCUAUUAUUUUUUAUAUUUAGAGAUGUUCAUUUUUUCAUCUGAUAAACAACAAAAUACUUUGAAUAAAGUGAUAGUGUCCAA